AUGUCAAGUCUCAACCCCAAGCUGGCAAUACGCGAGGUCGCGUUCCAAAAGUGCUCUUUUUUCCCCUUCACGGAAUUCAACGCCAUAAGGUGGUCCGGCCGAGCCCGCCUGGAGUGGAGCAAGGGGCUCCGAGAUGCGCUAGACAUGAUCCAGUACGGCAACCAGGUUUACCCCAAGGGCUGGCAGCCACCCGCACCGGACCCCAUCAGCCCCCGGCCCUUCCUUCCGGACACACUGAAGCGCCUCACCAUCAGGCGCACCUACGAUGCCGGCCACCCUCGAGGGGCCUGGGCGGGCAAGCCGGUGAUCAAGGGGUUCCUGCCAGCGGAAUGGGCUCUGCUGAGAAACCUGGAAUAUCUGGACCUAAGCGAUGACAUGGGUCAGGGUCAAAUCGAGGGCCCCAUUCCCAGCACCUGGCUGAUGAUGACCAAGCUAAGGGUAAUGCUUGUGUCUUACAAGUUAAGCCGCUUCUGCUGGUAUACAUUUCGCCUACUGUAUAAGUUACGGAAGGUGGGCAUCUGGAACCCGCUGAGGGCCCUAUGCGCCAACAGUGUUGGCUGGAUGGAUACCAGGCAGUACUACGGGGACCUGCUUGCGGCAAACGGCUCAUGGCUCUUCAACAUCGAUGGGGCUGGAUGGCAGUGGUACGACAGGACCACAGGUGAAGUUGGCUACACCAAUGUCAUUGCACCGGACGGCAAGUGCUGUUGGGACACAUUCAGCGGUGAAUUUCUGAACCGCACAAUCCGGGGGCCUCCCAACGUAUCCGUCGGGCAGGAGGAUACAUCUGCAACCUUGUACUACGACAUGGAGAUCUGCGAGAGGCGCAGACCCCUCGUCUUCGGGGUCGCACGCAAAGCCACCGACCCCAGGCCGAAUCUCCCGCCGGCAGCCCGCAGCCCACCAGACAUACCCUCCACACCGCCCUUCCCGCCGGCUGGCGUUCUGGGUGCCUCCCGGAACCCGGCGCGGCCCCCGGUGUUUCCCCCCUUGCCGCGGGUCUCCCCUCUGUUGCCCAAUGCCCCGCCCCAACCUCCAAGCAGACCACUCUACCCGCUGAGAUGGGCAGCAUCACCACCGUCGGGACCGUCCUCAUUGCCCUCCCUGGACGACCUCCUGGACCCCCGGGGGGUGGGGGCACCUGGAGGAGCCGAUAAUGGAACAGCAGCAGCUUUGAACCCGGGCGUCCUCAAGGAGGUGGACAUCACCGCUGGUUCACCCUCCAGUCCUGACCGGCAGCAGCAGGGCCUUGGUGGUGGUGGUGGUGGUGGUGGUGGUGGUGGUGGUGGUGGUGGUGGUGGUGGUGGUGGUGGUGGUGGUGGUGGUGGUGGUGGUGGUGGUGGUGGUGGUGGUGGUGGUGGUGGUGGUGGUGGUGGUGGUGGUGGUGGUGGUGGUGGUGGUGGUGGUGGUGGUGGUGGUGGUGGUGGUGGUGGUGGUGGUGGUGGUGGUGGUGGUGGUGGUGGUGGUGGUGGUGGUGGUGGUGGUGGUGGUGGUGGUGGUGGUGGUGGUGGUGGUGGUGGUGGGAGAGGCCCGCCGGGUGCAGCAGCCAUAUGGCUGAUAGAGCCUGGCUCCAGCGGUGACUACCUCAUCAGAAUCAAGGUGGGGUCAUCUGUGUGGUACCGCUGGGUGCUGGUGGACGUGGACCCCCCGAGAGUUUCUGGUCAGCUGCUCAUGUCGAACAGCAGUGUAACGCCGCUCGUCAACCCCAGUGGCAGCAUUGCUACGAUGGCCACGAUGGAUGUGGCACCUCUCCGGUACUUACUCGCCCUGUUUGUAAUGUCUGAGCCGGUACGGAAAAUGAACCUGGCUUCAGCUUUGCAGCUCAAUGAUGGUGUCGCUCUGGUUAGGGUGGAGUGCUUUGAGUCCGCACACACGGCAGCGGAGUGGUCAGGAGCGCUUCCAAUGACGGCAGUAGCAGCGGCGGGCAGCCCUGGCGGGGCAUCGGAGGUAGCGGCGGGUGAGCAGCGGCCGCCACCUAUGUCCCGAGCAGGCCACCCCGCGGCAGCAGCAGCAGCGACCACCACCACCACCACCCGGCAGCUAAAACUCAUCAGCGGGGACUUCAGUCAUUAUGCCGGUGCUGCAUUCGGUAUGCCGUACAUACAGUCCUGCUUAGCGUUGAUGUACGCAGCAGAGGGCAGCAAGGUGUCGGUCGUCCUGCCGGAAGCUGCAGUGGCGGACUUAUCCGGCAACCCAAGUAACCGGGCAUUGGUGCUGGAAUCCCGGCUUCCGGUGCCGAAGGGCGCGUCUGCUGCCGGCCGGUCUUCUCGCGCAGUGGGAGGAACGGUGGCCUCAGUUUACGCGAUGUCCAUGUUGCUCAAACUCCGUUGGUCCAUGCUGCUUAGCGCUUACCAUAUCCAGAUACUCACCUUGUCAACUAGCAUGGCGUCGCCUGGCAUCAGUUUGCGAUACCGCUUGGUAGCUCGUAACCUGCGGCUCUUCAUCCUGAGUGUGAAGGGCAAUCUGCCUCUCCUUGACAAAAUUUUUGCCAACCGACAAGACGACGAUGGUGGUAGCGCUAUCGUGUACCAGCAGCAGCAGAUCAUCAACGCCACCCUGGACGGCCUGGCGGUAUUUCGGGGCCCCCACUCCAUGUGGGCGGUGGCAGCUUCGUGUCGUCGUCACCAGCGGCCCGCAGCGGCAGAGAUGCAGUCUGGGACUUGGAAGAAAUGA